AGACUGCACUGAAGAAGAAACACUCACUCAAUGUGGUGAGUGUCAUGGCAGACCAGUCUGUUAGGAUGGUGACAGCCAUCGUGUUGCAGAGUGUCUUCUUCCUCUCAGGUGAUUCUGCGUCUUGUUCUGACUCUUCAGAUCUAUUCUUUACUGCACCGAAAAAGAUGGAAGCACUGACUGGAUCUUGUUUGAAAAUUCCGUGUAACUUCAGCGUUAAAUCAGGAAAUGAAUUCAACAGCGCAACAGAAACCUUUGGAGUGUGGAUUAAAAAUAACCCUUACUUUGGCAAUCUUCCAAAUAAUGUGAUUUUCAACAGUAGUGGGACAGUUACCACAUAUCCCAUGAAUUUUACUGGAAACUUGAGUCAGAAAGAUUGCACCACUUUAUUUUCCAGUUUAAAGACAACAUACACAGACACAUACUACUUGAGGGUUGAGAACUGGCCAUAUCAAGCAACAGCUAUUUGUGAUUCUCUUCAAAUAACAGUUAAAGAUUCUCCUCCAAAGCCCAGCAUUGAGAUCCCAGGUGAUCUGAAGGAGAAGGAGUCUGUCUCUAUAAGCUGCUCAGCUUCCACUCCCUGUCCACACUCUCCUCCUCAACUCACCUGGAACCUCCAACCAGACUCUCACAACAUGACGGAGGAAAACACUGAUGGAACCUUCACAACUAAAAUCCAGAAGAGCAUCACUCUGUCACAUGAACAUGAUGGAUUCAUCAUCACCUGUUCUGCCAGAUAUCCUGUGAAUGAAGGAAAAGGUGUGAAGACGUCAGAGGAGACAAAGACUCUCAGUGUUUCAUAUGCUCCCAAGGACACCUCAGCAUCCAUCAGUCCAUCAGGUCUGGUGUCAGCAGGUAGCUGGGUGAACCUGACCUGCUCCAGCAGAGCCAAGCCUCCUGUGAGCUUCACCUGGUUCAAGACCAGCAGAGAUGGACCAAUCAAAGUAUCUGAAGGAGCCUUUUACAGCUUUAAUGUCACUGAUGGAGGAGUUUAUUACUGUGUGGCCACCAAUCAGCUUGGUAAUCAAACAUCCUCAGAGAUCCAUCUGAGUAUUACAGGUGGAGUUAAUGAUCUACUAUUGGGUGCAGUUCUUGGAGGAAUCAUUGGGAUCAUCGUGCUCAUCGGCCUGGUUGUCUCUGUUUGCCGUUUGAAGUCACCACAUCCAACUGCACAUCAGAGUCAGAAUCAGACUGUUGAAGAGACAGUGACAACAGAAGAAGAAGGCGUCCACUAUGGAGAGAUUAACUUCUCAAGGCUCGGAGCUGAUCCGUCUUUGGUCCCUGAGCAGGACAGUGGACAGCAGCAGGAGACGCUGUAUGCGCAGGUCAAAGUGUCCCAGGCAGCAGACAACGUCACACGGACUGCUGACGUCCCCGAGGAUCUCUACGCUCAAGUGAAGAAAAAAUAAGCUUUUUUUCUCUGGUUACAUUUGUGUUGGAUUCUUCACAUGCUUUCUAAAAACAUAACAAAAAACGAGCUUCAUUUGUUGAUUUAUGGAGAUUUUUUUUGUGAGAAAAUGUAAUUUUCACUAUUCACAGUUAAAGGGGAACUUCAAACCUCCACAGCCUGCAGUUUUAUACUUUUAACACAGUGAGGUUUGUGUUUAUCAGAUCAGUACAAAUAAGUCUCAUGGCUCUAAAUAGAGAAGUAUUCUAAAAGACAGCGCUCUUUAUGUCACGGUUCAUGAAUCCACUGCCCUUCCCUUGUCUUGUGUGUCAUGUGUGGGUGUGUGGAGUGGGCGGAGUCAGCAAUCUCGCGUAAUCAGCAAGACAGCUGAUCACACUUUGUGUGCCAGCUGUAGCCCAUUUCGCCACCCUAUAUAUUCUCACCAUGUCCUUCCUCUCAUUGUCAGAUCGUUGUUUGAUGUCACCCGUGUUGUGUCGUGUUCCUGCCAGCGUUCCCGUAUCGUGCCUGAUAUAUAUGGUUCACAUCUAUGUUCACGGAGUUUGUCUGCACUGCCUUGGGAGUCGUCGUCACCACCCUCACCAAUCGGCGUACCACCCACCACCUGGAGGAUCAUCGCGGGAGUUCGGCACUGUGGUUACUGUCACUGACUUAAUAAACUUUGUAUUCACUUGCAUAUCUGCUUUCGCGUCGUAGAGUCAUGACACUUUAUAUAUCAACAUUUACAAUGAUAAGAUUUGACCUUUUUGAUGUUUGUGGAAUUUUUACUUUGUUGUAUUUUCAAGGUUUCUUUAAACCUCCUUUAUUGAGCUAUUCAGUUCUGUUGCAUUUUAUUGUAUAAUUUCUUAUUUAAAAGACAGAUAUUUACUGCAUUUCAAGCUAUAUAUUCAUUGCAAGGUAAUAAAAACCAUACACUUAACUUAAUCUCAGUUUCAUUUAUUGGUCCAUAAUUUCAUGUGUCUGUAAACAUCUUUAAAAAUCAUACAAUUUAAAUCACAAACAUUACAUAAGUGGAAGAAUGAAUUAUGCAUAUCUGGAUUCCCACUGGAUAACUGUACGUGAUUUGAAUGUAAAGCUUAACACUAAAUAAAAAAGGCAUUUCCUGGGACUCAGUCAAUGUCCAACUUCUUUUUUAGCAUUGUUCCUUUUUAGGUUUUUAGCCUGAAAACAUUAGCAGUCUAAACGUUGAAUUGUUAAACGUCUUUGUUGAUUGUGUUUUAGUGAACAGGGGCAGUGGCAUUAGCUUCUUG